AUGUUCUUCAAAUUUUUAAUAUUCUUGUCUUCGCUCGCGUUGGCUGUUGAUCCCAAGACAGUCUUCGAUUCCAAUGGUAUUUCAUUGUGGGAAAAAAUUGAGGAGUUGGAGAGACAAUUGCUAGAUACAGGAACCCUCAGCGGUCUCGUCAAUCCAUGUGCAAGCAACUCUUUUGCCGACCCUAACGAAGGUCGCCAAACAUCUGCCGAAUGGGUUCGAAUUGUCUUCCAUGAUGCUAUCACUAAAGGGAUUGCUGGUCCUGGUUUAGGUGGUCUUGACGCCUCCGUCAGCUUCGAAUCCGAACGGGCUGAGAAUGCGGGAGGAAAGCAGUUCAUCAACGUUACCAUUGCACAGUUCAACGUAUUUCAAUCGGUCUAUUUUUCUAUGGCAGACUUGAUCGGAGUCGGUCUCAUUACCUCCUUAGCAACCUGUGAUGGAACACAUAAGCUUUUGCCGCUUCGAAUGGGUAGAAUUGAUGCCACUGGACCGGGACCUGCUGGUGUCCCAGGCCCGGCUGAUACUUUGGCUUUCUCUCUGGCGGCGUUCAACAGGGCAGGUUUCAGUCAAGCAGAGAUGAUUCAAUCAAUUGCCUGCGGACAUUCCCUUGGCGGAGUUCACGGAAAGAACUUUCCUGAUAUUGGUGGCCCAUUCAGGCCUGAUUCGGGACCUGACCCAGCUAAUCUUGAUCCCACCAACACAUUCGGACGCAAGGCAUUUGGUACCACACCAGCGGCAUUUGAUCAUCUCGGUAUUGCUGAAUAUCUUGAUGGUACUGGCCUUAAAGGUGGGCCGCUAGUUGUCGGACUCAACGACACAGAAAACUCCGAUAAACGCAUCUUCAAAUCAGAUGGAAAUGUUACUAUGAAUGCCCUCCGUUCUGCAACAGCAUUCCGAAAUACCUGCUUCACAGUUUUCGAUAAAAUGGUCAACACGGUCCCAGCAGCUGUUACACUCUCCGACCCUGUCGUCGUUAGACCGUGGACAAUGCUUGAAAGCCAGCUAGAUCUUACUUCCACAGGUACAGUCAACUUUACAGGCAAGAUUGCCGCUCAUGGGACACCGGCACCACCAUCUUUUGCCACUUAUCAGUAUGGUACAACUGGUGGUGGAAAUACUGGCUCAAGAACCAGCCAGGUCGGAGUUGUGCAACCUGGUUUCACCUUCGGUGGUGGUCAGCCAGCUCCCACCGACUCGCUCUAUAUCGGUCUGGGCGUCAUCAAACACUACCCUUUCUGGGACGCUCUCUUUGAGCCUGUAAAUUCAGUGAGCAUCACAACAUCUGGUAGCACCUAUACCGGCGACAUCAACGUUGGAAUCUUUGUCAUUCCAUCCAUGUCUUUCUUCCAGGGCACAGACAUCAUGCUUCGAGUAGCCGUUCUCUCCUCCCUCACUACCUCCUCCUCUGUGAUCAACGUUAUCGCUUGGUCGCGCGUCGCCCAAACCAAUUCCCUGGCUUUCAGAAUCAUCAGUACCACUCAGACGCUCACGUUCGAGAAGACCGUUGGUAGUUAUAAGAUCUAUAAAACUACGCUCUUUUCGGGCCUUGCGUCCCCAAUCUUCCAGGCUAGCUUGGGGACUAACAAGAGUAGCAAGGUUAAGGGGCAGGUGUUCAAGACUCCUUGCACUGCUGCUAGUAUUGGGCUUUGUUAG